CGAUGGUGCUCUCACGUCACGGCUCGAUGGAGCAUGCCAAGGCUCUGCAUGUCUGGCAUCGGGAUGGCUGUCUUCAGAAGUCCGACGUUGGCUGAAAGAAAGGCGCUGGAAGGUGGUCGGCUUAUUGGAUAUAACAGACAGAUGGGCUCGUCUGCGAUGGCGAAUAUUAUGUCUUGGAGGGGAGCAUACAUGAGCUGUUGAUCUUGGAUCUUGUGAUAUACCCUACCUACGUGAGUCUUCUUGUUGGCACUGGUUAGCCCACGGUCGAGUCUCGCUGGCCUUUUGUUAUUUUCGAGAGCUUCGCGAGGCCGAGUUACACAGCAUCCAGCCGCCAAGCCUCGUGAUCUUGGGCAUAGAAUCCGUUCAACCCACACCAUCAAAAAUACGUCCCACGGGAUAUCAUAGCAUAACAUCAUGUCCCGCUUCGCCGCCAUCCCUCGCCUCCGACCUCAGCACCGCACCGUCAUGACGAUGGGCGCCGGGGCCGCGGCCCACCACGCGCCCAAGAAGGAGGGAGACAUCUCGUCCGUCUUUGUCUCCCUCUCGGGCGCCGAGCGCGCGCCCCUCCCCGACCGCUUCCGCGCGCUCAAGCGGGACCUCGUCGCCGGGCACGAGGACGCCGUCACGCGGUCCUGGGGCCGGCUCCUGCGCGCGCUGCGGGAGGAGAACGAGGUCGUCCGGGCCGCAGGGCCUGCCGUGAUCCCCAUCGUCGAGUUCCGGGACCUUAAGGCGGGUGUAACGGCAUUGCGGGACGAGAUCCGCAAGAGGGGCGCCUUGGUCAUUCGGGGCGUCGUCGACGAGGCGGAGGCGAGGGCGUACAAAGAUGAGAUAGAGGCGUACGUGCGCAGGAACCCGUCCACCAAGGCUUUCCCACCGGAUAACCCGCAGGUCUACGAGCUCUACUGGUCUCCCCCACAGAUCCGGGCUCGGGCGCACCCCAACAUGUUGAAGACGCAGGCGACGCUGAUGCGCGAGCUCUGGCACGCGUCGACCGACGCCGCCAUCUCGAUGCAGCCGUUGACGUAUGCUGACCGCCUACGCAUCCGGCAGCCCGGCGACGCGACCUUUGCCCUCGGCCCGCAUGUCGACGGCGGGUCCGUGGAGCGGUGGGAGCGGGACGGGUAUGGCCGCGGCGGCGGCACCUACGUCGCCGUCUUCCGCGGCCACUGGGAAGCCUACGACCCGUGGGACGCGACGGCGCGCGUCGGGGCCGUGCAGGACCUGUACAAUGGCGCCGGCGCGUGCAGCAUGUUCCGCAUGUUCCAGGGGUGGCUGAGCAUGAGCGCGUGCGGGCCGCGCGAGGGUACUCUGCUAGUGAACCCGCUCGUCCGGCUCUCGACGGCAUAUUUCCUGCUGCGGCCGUUCUUCCGGCCGCGGCGGGAGGUAUGGGAGAUGACGUCCGGGGCCGCCGACGGUGCCGAAGGCUUCCUGGCCGAGGACAACUGGGCAUUCACAGGCGGAGAGGCGAUGAGCAGCGAGUUGCAGGGUGCGACGCCGGGCCACGGGCAGGAGCUGAGCGACGCGCUGCACCCGCACCUGGGGCUCGGCGGCGGCACGAUGGUGCACGUCCCGCGGAUCCGGCCCGGAGACUACGUCGCGUGGCACGGGGACCAGGUGCACGCCGUCGACGCGGUGCACCGCGGCGCGGGGGACUCGAGCGUGCUGUACGUGCCCGUGUGCCCGGCAACGGACCUUAACGUCGCAUACCUGGCGCGGCAGCGGGAGGCCUUCCGCUUGGGCCUGCCGGGGCCGGAUUUCCCCGGCGGUAAAGGGGAGAGCGAGCACGUCGGGCGGCCCGGGGAGGAGGCGGUCCGGGGCGCGGAGGCAAGGCGGGCAAUGGGGCUGGAGAGGCUGCUGCCGGCCGCGGAGAAGGAAGGACACGGCGGCGGGCGCGGCGAGCGAGAGCUGAUUGAGAGGGCAAACCGAGUACUGGGGUUCUGAAACUGGCGGUGAGACCCGAGAUGAGGCUUUCGGAAUGUAAGGGAGAGUGGUGCCGAGGUAGUAAGACAGACAGACGGACAGCAGGGAGAACGUGCGAGACAUA